AUGAACACGCAGCAGCCUGCGUCGAUGAAUAUGCCUACCUACUUUGCCAAUACCGAUCCUUACUAUGAGCAAGCGUCUGUCACCUAUACACGCGCAGGUCCGAAUGCCGAUUCCGCACAGUAUCCAGGGUACUAUUACUACGGGCAUUUUCCCGAAAACCAUCCACCUUGGCCACCGUAUGCCUCUGAACAGCCACUCUAUUCCCUUCCAGAUGAGCAUGACGGUACGCACGAAAGCGAUACCACGUUGGCGAAUGCGUUGCAUUCGCAACAGCUCAACACAGUUCUCCUUGAAGUUCCCUUUUCGAUGCCUAUAUACCAGCGGCCCUUUUUUUACCCCAACUCUGCGAUGGUUGGCCAAUGCGCGUAUCCUCCCCACCCCGAAAAUUCACAGCCGGAACAAGCACUGUACGCGCAGAACGGACACCACGCUCCUUCGCAGACGUUUACCAACGUGUGCAGCCCACAUCCCCCAAAGCAUAUGUACCUGAAUUCUGCCUUGGCGUCCCACACGCAGCCUCCUUAUAUGUACCGCGACUUUACCUCUUGUUAUGGAUAUCCCACGAUGCUCUCGCCUCAGGUGAUGCCCCAGGCAUACCCCGUAUUGCCAAAUUACGCACCCGCGCAUGUUCCAGCAGCGCGGGAAGUGAAGGAAACAGUUCAGAAGCAUCGAAUGCACUCCAGCUCGGGCGAUUUCCGCGGGCGGCGCGCCAACCCCAAGUUGGGCAAAGCGCGCCAGUGGGGCGAAGGGCCAGUGCGCGAGAGCUCGACAGAAAAUGAGCCGGCGAAACUCGAUGAGGAGCACGGAAAGGGCAACGGGGCGGCCACAAGUCCUCCGCGCAGCAAGAUGUCCCUUCACUGCGGCGCUACUUCUGAGAGUCAGCGCCAAGGCAUGCGCACGAAUUUUGUCAUGUGGUGUGGAAACGUUCCUUCCGACGCCAUGGUCGACGAGCUCUGGUCCUUUUUUAUCGGCAUCCCCGACGACUUUGGAUUAGACAAUACGUCCGCGGGUUCUUCGCCCAAUGCGACGCAGGGUUCAGACUCGAGUCUUGGGUUGUCCGAUCCACAAGAGCCGGGGCUUGUAGCCGACAAUGCGGCAGGGAUUGUGUCUAUCUUUAUUAUUUCACGUUCCAGUUGUGCUUUUGUAAACUACACAUGCGCGCGUGAUUUGGAGCGUGCAUGUGCUUACUUCAAUGGGAAACCAUUGCGUGCAAAAUCCGCUUGUCCUUGUCUCGUCUGUCGUCCUCGCAAACUGGAGGACGCAGAGUAUGCUGGCGUCGCAGCGCAGCGCGGCAAAGGCGUGCAUGUGAGCUGGUAUCGUGCACAAACCAAGGCGCAUGAGCAGAAAGAAGUGGGCAGUGCAAGUGAUGCUCUCUCUUUUACCUCGACCAACUCUUCCCUUUUGCGCCAGCCCAUGUUUGAACACCGGUUUUUUAUUCUUAAGUCGAGCUCGCACGAAGCGCUGGUGGAGGCGCUGCGCACCAAUGUCUGGCGCACCCAGCCGCACAACGAGCCCGUGUUAGAUCAAGCGUUUCGGAACAGCAAGCGAGUCACGCUGCUUUUUAGUGAAAACUUCAGCGGCCAGUUUUUUGGGCACGCAGAUAUGGCAAGUCACAUUGGCGGUGCGCUGCCCGCAGACACUGCGCUCAAGGAAAAAAGAGGCAUUCCACCGGACCGGGAAUAUGGGUCCGCGAGUGCAGAGAUGCAUUCAAGCGAUGGGGUGGACCGCACCUCUACAUCCUCUUCGAUUUCCGGCACACCUUCUAUAAAUGCCGAACGCGAUGCCAAGGAGGAAUUGGCGCGUGAAGCGAAGGAACGCAACCUUAGUUUGGAAAACAUGGACAGGACACAUAUUGAGAAUGCAGGUGACACCCAUAUGGACACCGGGAUCCUUCCACGAGACAUUAGUGCGGUCACAUACCCCUCCGGCGCACCCUGCAUGCCAUCCCAAAAUUUGACCCCACUUAUACACGAAAAGACUGCACAAAUUGGGAGUCCAUUCUAUAUUACUUGGAAAAAUGCAGACCCGCUUCCUUUCGCUGAUAUCCAAAGCCUGCGCAACCCAUGGCGCGACAACCGUCUAGUGAAGGUGUCGCGCGACGGUACAGAGCUGGAGCCCAAUGUGGGCCGACGUCUUCUUGACCUUUGGGGACCGCACAACACCACUGCGUGA